CAGACAGUGAGCGAAAUAUAGAGGCAAAUAAAGAGAGAGAGAGACAGAGAGAGAGAGUGAGAGAGAGAGAGAGUAAGAAAGAAAGAGAGUGAGCGAGAGAGCUGGCACAGGCUGAGCCAGGCACUGACUGUGUGGACACGGAGGAGUGCGGAGAGAACAGAAACGACAGAGCAGGAGGAGGAGUGAAUGGAUGGAGUGACCCAGAAGGAGGAGAGGAAUGCUGAGCGAACAGACUGACAGAGCGCAAAAGGGAAGAUGAGAGUGGCGUGGCAGCAACAGCAGAGCAAUUAAACAGUGCAAAGGAAAGCAAAGGCUCUCAUGCCGAGCAGCUUCUGUCGCUCGCUUGCGCUCUCUCUCUUUCGAGCAACCAAAGAGGCAGAAGUGAAUCCGUCCAGACAACGAUAAAGGACAAGAGGAGGCACGCGAGAGGCAGGGGGAGGAGCAAGCAUGCUUUGAUUGACAGAGUAAAGAGGAGGGACAUGGAUGCAAAUUGAAGAAUUUUAAUUUCUGGGAAUGGAUAUUUUUAGCAAAGGAAAAACAAUGGAGAAGAAGAUCAAGGAUGCCAUUUCAGUGUAAAAGAAGGAUGGAAAAGGGGAAGGAGAGAGAGAGAGAGUGAGAUGCUGAAUUCGGACCAUGUCAGAACAGAUUCCACAUCAGCGGCAUUCAGCACUCCUGCAGGCAAGAGUCAGUGUGUGUGUGUGUAUGUGUGUGUGAACUAGCACGGAGUACGACCUCUGUAACACCAGGCUUUUGCCAAUGUGCCCCCAUAGUUGAGGACAGAGACACAGAGAGGUAGGAAGGAGAAAAGUUAGUACUGUAUCACUGUCAAAGCCAGAGAAAAAGGGCAAAAAGACAAGAUGAGUGUGAUCAUGGGUUGUGGGGUCAAUUGUAGCUAGUGUUCAGGAAACCCUCUCUCCAGGGAUUGUGGAAAAAGGUCGCACAAGACAGUCCAUUUUACCAACAGGACAGCCUGCCUGGAGACUCUCUCAGAUCCUUCUUUCUUGUGACUCAGCUGGCGCUGCCUUCCACAAUCCGUCUCUUUUUCAUUAUUCUCUCUUACAAUCUGUCUUGCAUCUGUUGAAUAUUUUCUCUCAUUAAGAUCACUUCCCAUGUAACCGCCUCAUUCUUUCCGAUUCACCCGCCUGAACUUUAGGAGAUUUUGGGAGAAUCUCAGAUGCAGAUUGCAGGCUGUCCCCAAGCCCAGACUAAGUCUCGGCACCCUGACCAGUUGGACUGAGGAGGGGAGCGAAAUAGAGAGAACUAGAAAGAGAAAGGUACAGAGAAAAUAGCCUGGGGAUUUUGCCUGAGGGGUUAUAGAGAGUUGCCAGCGGGUAUGAAGACACAUGCUGAAAUUUGUGUACCUUAGGGAGCAGUGUGCUUGUGCGCGAAUGUGUUUAUUCAAUCCAGAAAUGAAGUUUGCAUACAUAUAUUAAAGUGGAAGUCAUAGUAGAGUUGUACACUUCAGUUGAACCUCGAGUAGUUUUGCAGGUGCUACAAUAGUGCGUGACUUGAUUGUUGGACUCUAAAAGUCAGAUUAGUAUUCAGGAAGUCAGUGUUGUGGCUCUCUCUGUGCUCCUGGAGCCCCAUGAGGGCCCCGGCCGUGGAGGCCUGGCUGGGAGAUGAAGCCGUCCCCCCUGCUGCUCUAGCAGCCCUGUGGGCCGUCAUGGCUCUGGAAGGCCGCUGUCUGCGCCCUGCCUCGCCCAUGCCGGGCCAACGCAGGGCCCGCCGUCGCCGCACCCGAGCCGGAGCACCACGAGACAAUAUGUCCCACCUCACCGUGGCCCUCCUAGCGCGGACUCACCUCCACGGAUUGCGGCACAUCUGUGCCCCGUCAAACUCUCUCAGCCGCCGGGCCUUUUGGAUGCUGGCACUCUGUACUUGUCUGGGUCUUCUGGUUUCCUGGUCCUCGAAUCGGCUGCUUCACUGGCUGGCCUUUCCCACUCACACAAGAGUCCACACAGAGUGGGCGAGAGAACUCGCUUUUCCCACGGUCACCAUCUGCAACAAUAACCCCGUACGUUUGAAUCACCUCACUAAGAGCGAUCUGUACUUUGCGGGUCACUGGCUUGGACUGUUGCUGGCCAACCGCACAGCCAGACCCUUGGUACUGGAACUGCUUCAAGAUGACAGGCGAGCAUGGUUUAGCAAGCUGUCAGAUUUCCGUCUUUUCCUGCCUCCACGGCGCUUCGAAGGCACCAGCUUGGAGUUCAUGGACCGACUGGGCCACCAGCUGGAGGAUAUGCUACUGGCCUGCAAGUACCGCGGAGAGCCCUGUGGAGCCCACAACUUCUCUGCUGUGUUUACACGUUAUGGGAAGUGUUACAUGUUUAACGCUGCCGAAGAGGGGAAGACUUUAAGGACUACAAUGAAAGGAGGCACAGGCAAUGGCCUGGAAAUCAUGUUGGACAUCCAGCAAGAUGAAUACCUUCCUGUGUGGGGAGAAACAGAAGAGACAGCAUUUGAGGCAGGAGUGAGGGUGCAGAUCCACAGUCAAGCGGAGCCGCCCUUUGUACAUGAGCUGGGCUUCGGAGUCGCCCCAGGCUUUCAGACCUUCGUGGCUACCCAGGAGCAGAGAUUGACGUACCUUCCUCCUCCGUGGGGCGAGUGUGUGUCCAGAGCCCUGGAUUCAGGCCUCUUUCAGGUGUACAGCGUGUCUGCCUGCCGUAUCGAGUGUGAAACGCGCUACAUCAUAGAGAACUGCAACUGCAGGAUGGUCUACAUGCCUGGUGAUUCUCCGUACUGCACUCCUGAACAGUAUAAGGACUGUGCUGAACCUGCUCUGGCUGCUCUGUCAGCUGUUGAAGGCACAAACUGCAUCUGCAGGAGCCCCUGUAACAUGACUCGAUACAACAAAGAGCUUUCCAUGGUCAAGAUCCCCAGUAAAACCUCUGCCCGCUACCUGGAGAAGAAGUUCAACCGAUCUGAGAAAUACAUCACGGACAAUAUCCUAGUUCUGGAUGUGUUCUUUGAAGCUCUGAAUUAUGAGACCAUAGAGCAGAAGAAAGCAUAUGAGGUGGCAGGUCUACUAGGUGAUAUUGGUGGUCAGAUGGGCUUGUUUAUCGGUGCAAGUAUCCUGACCAUACUGGAGCUAUUCGAUUAUGCAUAUGAGGUGGUGAAGGAGAGACUGCUGGACCUGCUGAACCGAGAGGAGGAGGAAGAGAGUCAUGGAGAGGAUGUGAGUACAUGUGAUCCGGUGGUAAACCACUCCGAAUCGAUUAGCCACACAGUCAGUGUUCCCCUGCAGACCACCCUGGGCACCCUCGAGGAGAUCGCCUGCUGAGCGCCGUUCCCCUCCACACCACCAGGGGGAGCCGGGCCUCUCCACUCCAAUGGGUGAAGGACAGAGGAAAAAGAAGGAAACAGACUGGUUUUCUUUUUCUCAACGUGUCAUCAUUUGGCAUAAACAUGAGAACUCGAAGCCAAGGAGCUUCUCGAGGAACAUGAGGACCCCAAAGUUUCUCACAAACACCAUCUGUUUGUUAUGGACUCAUGAAGGAAAGCAGAAGAUUGUGGACCUGUCAGGACAGUCACUUGUAAACAUAAGACAAACACGAAAACACGAGCAUGUGAGGAACUGCAAAUGCACCCGGCCUCGGCGUGUUCUCUCUCCCCCCAGCCGCCAUUUUGAAGUUUACUGCCAAAACACUGUAAAUUAUUAACAGAGAAAAUGUUGUAAAACUGUUCUAACUGUGCAUGUGUCAGUUUCAUGCGUUACAAUACGGUUUUCUCGAACAUGUCAUUCUCUCUCACGUGUGGAGACGGUUUUGUCUUCUUGUGCUGUUCGUUUGCUAUGUGAUUCUAGCAUCUCAUUUGGCUUUUUGAUGUAUCAGAGAUGCAUCAUAAAACCGAGAGCCCCUUCCUUCCUUUUAUUUUUCUAUCCUUCAUAGAAAAGCCGGAUGGGUCACGGUACAGUGGCAGCCAUUAUGAGCCCAUUGUGGCUGUGUAUGGCUCUUCUAAAUGCUUUCCGGAUCCCAUUUGAAAAAUGAUGAACAAAGAAAGUACAGAAAAAAAGUUUUUGUUGCUUUAUGCGUAAGAUUAUAGUGAUACGGUUUUCAUUUUGUCAAAUGUCAAAUUUUGUCAAAAGAGGUGUUAAUUUGUCAUUUAAAACUGAUACUAGAAAGCUUUCAUGCUUUUAAUUCAGAGUUGAGAUUUUUGACAGCCAUCGUGAUUCCACUUUCCCAACCUCCUUAACUGGGACAUUUUCAAACAUAUAAAGGAUUUAGAGCUGUUCAUGGUGGUUUAUUAUGUGUGUUCAGUCUAUCUCAUCAUUUCAGAGCUCUUCAUCUGUGCUGCGGUUUGUAAUACUGUAAUUGCCAUAUGUUAUCUGAUAUUUUCCCACAGUGUUCUUUGAUGAUGGAUGAUAGACAGUUCAAAUGUGUGAUUGUGAACUAAAUAUGUGGUUCUCAGAUCACUAUACAUUAGUAUGAAUGAAGCCUCAGCUGACCUAUUCAUUCUUCAACAUGUGUAUAGUGUUUCAGCCAAAAAUUCAUUAACUGAGGCAAAAUCAUUCUCGCAAUGAUUUUUCUCCUUUGGCUGAAAAUAAUGAAAAGAGGGUCAGUUCUGGGUGGCAAGAGUGAGCUUGAUUGUAUUUCUCAAUUUAACUCACUUCAAUAUUCAAUUUAAGAAUACUGACUGGUGCAAAAUUCAGUCACAAAAUGAAUAGAAAGAAUAAGAGCUUGUGUCUUGGAACUGUAGGUGAAGCUUUUGAACAAAUUGUUCUGGGACACUGAGGCCCCUGGCAGAUGUGUUACACCAUGAAUUUGUUGACAAGCUCCUAGAAUCUGCAUAUGAAUAAAUAAAAGGUAUUUAAUCUGGUUUAAUAAGCCUAGGCAUCCACAUGUGACCCACAGGGCACCCUUGUCCAAUCAGAUUUGAGCUUAGAGCCAGUAUGCAAAUAUCUGUCAUAAAUAUCCAUGCUAAGAUAUUUUUGUUUCAGGAUUAUUAGUAGUUAUUUUCAUGCCCCACUUCUGGGGCAACAGUAUUAAAAGGCGUGAUUUGCACCUAUAUCGUAAUGCAAAAUUUAAUAAAGGAGCGGAAACGCUAUAAUUUUGCCACAGGGAAUAGAAUAAUGAAUGUGUACUCUGGGUUGUUUGCGGCAUGUGAGAGAGCCAUGUGAUUGUUAAUACAGACACAUGUUGCUUAAUAUGUGUUAUGUUUUAUUCUAUAAAAGUAGUUGGGGAAAAUACGCAGUCAGGUCACUUUCCUAAUUUGCAAAGUAUCCGUGACCGAAUGUAGAUGUUUUUAGUUGUUUUAUUUGCAAUUCAGUUUGUGUAAUGGGCUGUAGAGGAUGAACGUCUUAUCCUUAUUUGUCCUAAAAUGUGAUGAUUUCUUAAAUCUGUGUCAAAGAUAGAUCUGUGAACCUCAGAGGGUUUCAAGCACAUGCAAAGAAAAAAAUAACCAGACAUAUACAGUACAAACGCAGAAACCCACAUCCGCCCAUACUUACAAAACCGUGAACUAAGAAGCCACUCAUAGUGUUAAACAGUAAUUUUAGUAGACAAACUCUUUCUUGCCAUGUGGACAAACACCAAAGGGGUGUCAUGUCACCUUUGCUAUUUUCUCAUUAGCAGAAACCAGCGGGGUUGAUGGUUUCUAACUCCAAGGUAAUUGCUUCAGUACCUCAAACCUUAUAUGAAAACAAUAAAGAAUAAAUGGAUUACA